UAAUGGCGCCGACGUUAGCGUGAGCUCGCGGCCGCCCAGGGAGUCGCCGCAGCCUCAGCCGGAGCCGCAGGAGCUGCGGGAACAAAAGGCCUAGCCGGGCCAAGGAUGGAGGAGGAACCCUCUGUGCCCAGCCCGGACAUGCUGAUCAAUGCAGAGCCCAGCUCCAGUGAGACUGACAAGGAAGUGUCCCCAGGUGUGGCUGCUGCAGCCACCUCCUUCUCCAUGGGGGAGGAGUCAGGUCCUGACCAGACAGCCACACCCCCAUUGUGGGAUCGUGGAGGGUCUGGAGGGGCCCAGCAGGGUGCCUCCUCAGCCCCAGACACUGGCCAGCCUGGCCCUGGACCUAGCCUUGGCCCAACCAGCACAGUCUCUGGGACCAGUGAGGACCUGCGGCCUCCCAGGCGACGCCCACCACCAGGAAAGCAGAUACCCUGCUCCAGCCUUGGCUGCUGCCUCAGUUUCCCAAGCGUUCGUGACUUGGCACAGCAUCUGCGUACCCACUGCCCACCCACACAGUCUCUGGAAGGCAAGCUCUUCCGCUGUUCCGCCCUGAACUGCACCGAGACCUUCCCCAGCAUGCAGGACCUGGUGGCACACGGCAAGCUGCACUACAAACCCAAUCGCUACUUCAAGUGUGAGAACUGCCUCUUGCGCUUCCGCACGCACCGCUCCCUCUUCAAGCAUCUGCAUGUUUGCGCUGAGCAUGCGCAGAGCCCAGCCCCGCCGCCAGCUCCUGCCCUCGACAAGGAGCCAUCCACGCUCGAGCGCCCCACGGAGUCUGACCCUGCGCUGGGCUUGCAGUACCCGCUACUCGAGCCCCACACGACCCCCGCCCCUGCCCCCACCGGGCCCUUUCUGCCCUACUUGAACCCCGCGUCCUUUGGCCUAAACCCCGCGCGCCUGCGUCCCUUCCUGGCUGCCACUCCUGGGCUGCCGGCCUCCAGCGCUGCUGUCUGGAAAAAGAGCCAAGGUGCCGGUGGCAGUCCUCGAAGACCCCAGGGCGGCUCCGACGCGCCCUCAGGGCACGCGGCCUCAAGCCGCAUUUUGUGGGAGCACACGCGUGGUCGCUACUCGUGCAUGCAGUGCACCUUCUCCACAGCCUCGCGGCCCACCAUGACCCUUCACCUGGAGGACCACCGCUCCAUUGCCCCCGGGCAGCCACGCCCCGAUUGCCCGGUGGGUAAGGUCGGGGAGCACCAGGGUGGGGAGAGUGGAGGCCCCAGCGGCGAGGGGCAGAGCUGAGGCUCAGCCAUUUCCUCCUCUGCCCUACCCAGACCUGGCCCCGUUUGCUCGCUGCUCUAAGAGGGGGAACGUGCAGUUGUCUUGCUCUGAAUGCUGAGUAAAGAGUGGGUCAUGAGAUGUGGGUAGUUUUGUAAUUUUAGUGGGGCCUGACAUG